CUCGGAAUCAUUGACGAGAAAGCGGUCUCACUUUCUAGCAAGCACGCACUCUGUCGAGUAUGAAGAUGUAGCGUUCACUUGACUGAGCGACCAUCCUCACGCUGAUCGUAGUCGUGAAGAUUCCUGAGCCUACAAUCAGCUCCAUUCCAAGAACGAUAGCUCGCAAUCAUAGCACCAUCUCGACCCACAGGUCGGAUUUUUGUCUACCGUUCUGGAAGAUGGCCGUCCAUACACGGUAAUUGUGUUUCCGAUGCCUCACAUACAAAUUCCGAGUACAGCCUGCUCUUCUAGUAUCCUUCUCCUUCUACUCGGUCGACAACUUCUCGACUUGACUUGUGUAUCGUCAUGUCUGCCAGAACCCCUCAGGUAGAGCAAUCCGGUGGCUACUUCACGGACAAACGACACAACACGACGUACGAAUUUAUUUCACCUCUUAAACUGGAUUUGAAGGGGAGACGAGUUCUGGUCACCGGCGCAGCUUGGGACAGUGGAGUGGGCUAUGCUGUAGCUACAGCCUUCGCCCGAGCUGGAGCAUCCGCGAUAGCUGUAGCUGAUCUGCACGGAGUGUCAGACGAACUCGUCGUACGACUCAAGCAGGUUGCGACUGAAGCUGGACAUCCUGAACCUACCGUACUGAAUUACACGGUAAAUAUUGCUCAGAGGGUGAGAGUACAAGCUAUGCAUGAUGAUGUGUCGAGGGCAUUCGAAGGAAAACUGGACAUCCUGAUCAACAAUGCUGCUCACAUGGAACCGAACAAGUCGACUCUCGAAUCCGAUCCGGACGUUCUUUGGCAGACAUGGGAGGUCAACAUUCAAGGACUUAUCAACAUGACUCGCGCCUUCCUCCCAAUGUUGCUUUCCACACGUGCAACCGACAACGGCUUGGGUACCAUGAUCAACGUAGCCUCCUCGGGUGCCUUGAGUGCUCGUCCAACGACUGCAAGCUAUCGAAGUUCAAAGCUUGCCAUGUUAAGAUGGACUGAGUCCUUACAACUGGAACUUAACGGAAAAGGCCUCUUGACUUUCUGCGUGAACCCCGGUGCCAUAAAGACCAAGAUCAGCGAAGGGACUGCACCCGAGAGUGUUCGCGAUAAGUUUCCUGACAAACCUGAUCUGCCCGGCGACACAAUCGCUUGGCUCUCUGCCGCACGUAAAGACUGGCUUGGUGGAAGAUACGUGAGCUGUCCUUGGGACAUGGAGGAGCUUUUGGCUAAGAAGGACGAGAUUGUUGAGCAAGACAAGCUAAAGCUGAGAAUGGUGUUCUGAUUGGAUCAGCACAGAGAAUCUGCUUGAUAGCAAGUUCUGUAGUUGAUUUAUUCACACCCGAUAGAGCCGAUUCGCAACGGACGAUGUGACUUUACUCUAUCAGAUCAUCCUCACCCACGAUCUUGGUAUAUUGCAAUCGAGCAGGAGCAUGUUGGCAGACUGAAGAUGUGUUCUGGCAGUUUGGUGCCUCUGGAAACGGCAAGCACGCGGGUU